CUCCCCAGUCCUCAUUCAAAACAGAACACAGCUGUUGCGAGGCACAUCGCUCUGGUCGCUAGCCUAGCUGUCUUUCUGCAGUCUUCAGUUGCUUCAUAUGGGCUGGACGUGUGUUAUAUCCCAAAAUACAUUGGUGCACUUUGCUGAGAGACAGCAAGACUGAAGCGGAAGAGGAGGCCAGGAUUAAAGAGGCCGCACAGAGGUGGGGAGGCCAGCCAAACGCUACAGCACCAUGCGCCUGAUCUGACACACAACCAGUAAGCACCGCCUCAGCUGUCCCAGCUCGUUGAAGGGCCAGGUGGGCUUUGCUGCAACAGAGGAUGAAGAGCGGUCUCCUGCGCUAAAGCUGGAUGGUGUGGGAAUGAUGGAUGUCCCCAAUGGCCAAUCGGUGGUUAGCACAGCAGCUGCCACCAUCUCUGAGAGGAGCAUCAGCUCAGAGUCUCUCAGUGAUAAGGGUUCAGAGCUGAAGAAGAGCUUUGACGCAGUCGUGUUUGAUGUUCUAAAGGUCACACCAGAGGAAUAUGCAGGCCAGAUUACACUCAUGGAUGCCCCGGUGUUCAUUGCCAUCCAGCCAGAGGAGUUGUCGAGCUGUGGCUGGAAUAAGAAGGAGAAGCACAGCUCUGCACCCAACGCUGUAGCCUUCACGCGCAGGUUCAACCAGACCAGCUUCUGGGUGGUGCGGGAGAUACUCCACGCGCAAACGCUGAAGAUCAGAGCAGAGGUGCUGAGUCUGUACAUACGCACUGCCAAGAAACUGUGCGACAUGAACAACCUGCACGCGGUCAUGGCGGUGGUUUCGGGCCUGCAGAGCGCUCCCAUCUUCAGACUGAGCAAGACGUGGGCGUUACUGAGUCGGAAGGACAAGGCGUCGUUUGAGCGCCUGGAGUACCUGAUGGCCAAAGAGGACAAUUACAAGCGUCUCAGGGACUACAUACGCAGCCAGAGUAUGGUGCCCUGCAUCCCUUACCUAGGUAUGUACCUGUCUGACCUGACCUACAUUGACUCCGCCUACCCCUCCACCGGCAGUAUCCUGGAGAACGAACAGAGGUCCAACCUGAUGAACAAUAUCCUUAGGAUCAUAUCAGAUCUGCAGAGAUCCUGCAUCUGCGACACACCAGUGUUGCCUCACGUCCAGAAGUAUCUCAACUCGGUCAGAUAUAUCGAGGAGCUGCAGAAGUUUGUGGAAGAUGACAACUACAAGCUGUCCCUGAAGAUUGAGCCAGCCACCACCACACCACGUGCUCACAUCUCCAAAGAGGACCUUGUUGGUCAGGAGGUGUCCGCCUCGCCUCUCUGUGGCCGCAAGGGAACAAUAGCCCCCGAGGGCGCCAAGGUCUCGGCCACACCCCCCUCGCCCCGCAACCUGCUGCCCUACAGCCACAGGAAGAGCCACAGCCUGGGCUACAAGUCAGUACACGUCCCGGUCACCUCCAGGGACCACCAGCCAUUGUAGGAUCAGGCCUUACUAUGGCUGCACAAUUUGCUGGACUGAAAUCUGUUUAUUUGUAUUAAAUGAUACACUGUCGCAGCUCAGCAAUUGCUUUAU